AUGAGUUCCAGGUUUGCCAAUCGCAGGAAGCCCCGGAAGAUCGGGGGCAGUGACGAUGAGGACGAGGGUGCUGCACCAGAGCCAGUAGUGAAGAGACCGGCAAGCUCGAAACCGAAACCGAAAUCCAAGUUGCGCAUGUCAUUUGGUCCAAGUGAGACAUCAAUGAACGAUGGCGACGACCAAGAAAGCGAGGUUGUUAUACCUAAACGACAUGGUCUGGGACGCAAAGCUGUUGAACGGAGUGCUGGCCAGCAUAUACUUUCCCAUAAUAUCUCUUCUCGUAUCAACCAGGAUCAAGAUCGACCAACUUACAACAAUGACUACUUGAAGGAAUUGCGGGACUCGACACCCUCGACACCGAAGACAAGCACCGACGAAGAAUCAACCAAGGCCGUUGAUGUGGCAGCGAAAUUUGGCGACGUCAUGACCAAAGCCCGACGAGCGCGUCUGGCUAUGGAACACGGUGCUGGUGCCGAGGAAGACUUCAUCUCAUUAGAGGACGAUGACGCUGCACAUGUCGAUGAUUGGGAUGCAGUAGCAAGAGGAGAGAAACCAGCACCAGACACAAGACUUAUCCGAGACGACGAGGACUUUGCGGAAGGAUUCGAGGAAUACGUGGAAGACGGCAAAAUCUCGCUUGGGCGUAAAGCAGAACGCGAAAAGAAACAAAAGGACCGCGAGGCUAUGCGAGAACUUAUAAAUGAUGCUGAGGGGAUUUCUGACGAAGAUGAUUCCGAUCUUGAAGAGAAGGCUGCCUAUGAAGCAGCACAGACCAAAGCUGCUAUGGGACAUGGCAAAUCUGACAUUGAUCGACCCAAGACUCCUCCUAAAAUGACAUCACUGCCUCGACUGGCUACCAGUUUCGAAAGACUACGCUUGUCUCUCGCAUCCAUGCAGAAUGCGAAAACACAGAUGAUUGCCCGUAUGGAAGAACUGCGGAAGGAGAAGGCCGACAUCGCGGAUCGUGAAGUUGAAAUUCAAGUUAUGAUCAAAGAGGCUGGUGACAACUAUGAGCGGCUCAAGAAGGAAGCCGGUGUUGACCCGACUGUCGAGGAUGAAGCUUCGAAGGGGGCUCUAGAGAAUUCCAGAGGAUUGGAAAGCAUUGGUGCGCCUGUACCAAUGUCGGAUUCAUCAGGUUCGAGCUUUGAGGAGUCUUAA